AUGGCGCAUAGAGAUAACAGGGGCUGCAAGAUUUCACUAUGUUUAGGACUCCUUGUGGUCUACAGUUCACUUAGUCAAUGCAUAUCACUGAAAAGGCCUCAAACAUCAGAUAAAUUAGGAGAAAAUGCAACACUCAGCCAGGCUCAAGGUCAAAGGAGUCAUUCCUACUAUGGAAAACUCCUAAUUGGACUAAAUUCUGUGCAAGAUGCCAGUGCAACAAAGACCCCAGAGGAUUUCCCUGAUGUUGAUUCUGAUUACCAGUCAGAUAUGCCUCUGGGCCAUAUUCUAGGAGGUUGGGGGGCUCUGGGGCAAUCAAACCUGGACAACACAGCAGUGGAACGACUCCUGAAAAUGGAUCCGACUGUGGAAUGCACCGGAGACUCCAUGAGGCUUCAAGUCCAGAUUGCUGAUUCCAAACCUGGAGCUUUGUUUUCUGUGGACAGAGGAAGUCUUCUGCCUCCGUUGCCUCUGUCCGAGUUGCCACAAAGCUGUGGUUACACCGUUCCAUCCACAUGGGGGGAUUUGGUCUUGGUUGCUCCUUACGAUGGUUGCUUCAUCACACUCGAGAUGGGCUGCUAUAUUCUCCCAUUGUACUGGUGGGGGAUACCAGUCAGGAUGUCCUGCCCUUUGAGGAAACCGCCUUCACCCGACCCUCCAAUGGUGACCUGCCACCCUGUGGGGAUGGUGGUGAAAACUACAUGGACUCCACCUGCAUCUAAAAUUAGAGUGAAUAUAAAUGGUGACUGGGAACCACUGACGACAGCCUUACCGAGAUGUGGCUUCAGUGUAGUCGCACAUCCUGAAGGUGUUGUCAUCUCUAUUCGCUAUACCCCGUGCUUGGAAAACAAGGGCGGAAUGUACAGCAUCAGACUGUUUGGAGAUGAUGGUGUAACUCAAAUUUCCUGUCCCUCAUGGUUACCGCCCCCAGCUGAACCCACACAAACACCACCAAAGUUUUUAUACAAUCCUCCAAAUUCAGGACAGCCCCAAAUGCCUCAGCCAUAUCCUCCUUCAUUAUUGUACCCUUGGCAAGCCAAUCCACCUCCUAAGAGUCAAGGUGAAGAACCACUGUACUCCUACUCUGUCAGCAUUAAGCAACCACCUGAACGGAAUCCUACAACAUCACCACCUGUCCAGACUACUCAAAGCCAAACAUGGCUACCUCAUUUCCCUUUUCCAUCCUAUCCUCAACCUCCCAAGCAGGAAAAUCCUCCUACGUGGCCUAAACCAGCCAGUGAUAUGGUGGGACAAACACGUUAUCAAAUAAAUGCUGAAUUUCCAGGAGAAUGGGAGCAACAAUCCCAGCUGACACGAUCCACACCCCCAGUUUCCGAGGAACCUUUGGGACCGAUUUAUCAGUCUUUAUACCAUUUUCACCCUUCAUUUGCAGGUCAAAGUCCUUAUCAGACACGUGUGCCACCCACACAGCAAACAAUUACACCAGCUCCAAUGUACCAAGAGCAAAAACGUCAACCUCCAAAACAUCCAGGGGGAUCUACAUUUGAAACCCAUGAAAAUCAAUAUUACCCAUUAGAUUACUAUUCUCAGUCCGUCUUCCCUUUUAUGCCAUGGCCUGAAAAACCCACUGUUGCUCCAGAGCCACCCAUAACACCUCAGCCUGAAACUCCAAAAGGCCAAAUACAGCAGCUUCAUAACCUCUACUAUUACUUAGAGGAAUCCCAAAACCCUCAACCUGUCGCCAUCCCCCCUGCUCCACAGACACCACAACUUAUUGUGCAUCCUGGUGAUCAAAGACCAAUGGAUUCAGUUCUCUCACAAUCAAGUUUUACUGGAGUCUCUCAAUAUCAUCAACCCCAUGCUCUGUAUUUACCACCUGUGCAGUGUCCUCAGGUUUGUCCAGCUGGGAUUUCCAACUGUUGCCCACAAAUAGCUUUCCAUCAACAUCUGCAUCACAUUGUUCCGGCCGAAAAUGACGUCAAAGACAAACCUCCAGUUAACCCAGGAUCCCCGGUCUCCUCCUCGGUGGCUCAUUCUGGGUUUGACUAUGAUUUGGGUUAUCGUCAGCAUGCUCCGAAACCAGAUGAGGAACAGGAAACUCAAGCUGGCGCAGCCUCUCCUCCUGCCUCGCAUCAGUUCCUUCCAGUGGGAAUGCGGCAUGAAAUGGAGACGUAUCUUCAGCCACCAGAUGGCAACAUUGCUGCACUACCUGGAAGUAAUCCAAGCAGAGGUAUAGAUCCUGGACAACAAGUCUACCAACAUUUUGAACCCAAUUCACAAUAUUCCUACAGGCCACUUCCAUCACAAGCUGAGGAACUUCAAGGUCCAGUUGAAACAUUCUCUAGUACGUUUUCUAAACCUCACCCCCCACGCUAUAACCCAGUAAAACCAGAGAAUCAGUAUAAUAGUUUGCUGGAAAACGCCCCUCUUCUACCUCAAAACAUUAAACAUGCCUUCGGACCUAACCUCAUGGAUAUCAAUAAGCAUGUACAGUUGCAACCAUCCAGUUAUGCAAACGGGGAAAGACCUAUGUCCAUAACUGAACCUGACCUCUACCUGUUCCCUCACCAAAUGCUUCAAGAUGCACAAGAACCUACUUUAAGGAAGCUCAUCUUUAAGGAACACUCAUCUCAAAUGCCGCAAAUUGUGAACAUCUUGAAGAAACCCACCAAACGUGAAGAAACUGACUGGUCACAUUCAGAACCGAAGAGUUAUCGGCUACUCAGGCGUGGUCCACCAGGUAGCAAGUUCAGAAAAUCUCCACUGCCUUUCAGGGAACUGUUUGGAGAAUCAGACAGUCCAGGUCCCCAAGCUGCAAGUAAUUCCAAAAAUAAUCCCCAGCAUCCAAAAUGGUUGGAUGAAGAAAAGUUCAGUGAUUUUGACUCUAUACCAAGUCCAGGUGUUAAGUCAGAGUCACUGUUAUUCUCUGCUUCAGACGGGAUUCAUUCAGUGCCUUUGUCCCGGGAAGCUUCGGUAGGUCCAACAAAAUUACAGACUGAAGUUGGGUCAUUUAAAGACUUCUGGAAAGGCCGGAGGGUUCCAGACAAAGGUUUUCCUCUGAAGUCAUUGCAGCAUUGGAGCUCUGCAAAUGACAACCAACAAAAUGGACUGAACCAACCUGUCCAGAGGAAAGGACAUAUGAAGCAGCAAUGACCUGGAAUUGUGAAUAAAUGA